GCGCGGCCUCCGCCUCCCGCCGCCAUGGGCCUCACGGUCUCCGCCAUCUUCUCUCGGAUCUUCGGCAAGAAGCAGAUGCAGAUUCUCAAGGUCGGCUUGGACGCUGCUGGUUAAACCACCAUCCUGUACAAGCUAAAGCUGGGCGAGAUCGUCACCACCAUCCCCAUCAUCGGAUUCAAUGUUGAGACAGUGGAAUACAAGAACAUCUGCUUCACCGUCUGGGAUGUAGGUGGCCAGGACAAAAUCCGACCCCUGUGGAGACAUUACUUCCAGAACACACAGGGCCUCAUAUUUGUUGUGGACAGCAAUGACCGAGAGAGAGAGCAGGAGUCUGCAGAUGAGCUACAGAAAAUGCUGCAGGAGGACAAGCUGCGGGAUGCAGUCUUGCUGGUGUUUGCUAACAAGCAGGACAUACCCAAUGCCAUGGCAGUGAGCGAGCUGACCGACAAGCUGGGCCUGCAGACGCUCCGCAGCAGAACCUGGUAUGUGCCAGCAAUGUGUGCAACCCAAGGCACUGGUCUCUAUGAUGGACUGGACUGGCUAUCACACGAGCUCUCCAAGCGCUAG